AGGAUAAGGCAUCGCAUUUUACCGGUCAGACCAUGCGGAAUCCGGCGGGAUGCUGAAAAGUCAGUUUCGCGCAUGUGUAGAUAAAGCGGUGGCGCCCAGUUCACCAGGAGGUCUUCUUCAUCGUCUUUCGAGAAUGCCUCGAGGCUGUCAUCAUCGUCUCUGUUCUUCUCUCCUUCCUCAAGCAGUGUCUCGGCCAGCCCCAUCAGGAUCAAAAGAUAUACAAACGCCUCGUGCGACAGGUCUGGGUGGGCUCCAUCGGCGGCAUCGUGAUAUGUUUCAUCAUCGGCGGGGCCUUCAUCGGAGUCUUCUACGGACUGGGCCAUGAUAUCUGGUCGGAGUCCGAGGAUCUCUGGGAAGGCAUCUUCUACCUCAUCGCGGCCAUCAUCAUCACCGUCAUGGGCCUUGCGCUGCUGCGCAUCAACAAGACGAAGCAGAAGUGGCGCGUCAAGAUCGCCAAGGCCCUGUCGGAGAAGAGCAAGAACACCGGCUGGGCCUGGCUGGGCGACUGGACGCGCCGGUACGCCAUGUUCAUCCUCCCCUUCAUCACGACGCUGCGCGAGGGCGUCGAGGCCGUCGUCUUCGUCGGAGGCGUCUCGCUGGGCUACCCUGCAACGGCGUUUCCCCUGCCGGUCGUGACGGGCAUCAUCGCCGGUCUGACAGUCGGAUACCUCAUCUACCGCGGCGGCAAUGUGAUGUCAAUCCAGAUCUUCCUCAUCGCGUCGACGUGCGUUCUCUACCUCAUCGCCGCGGGCAUGUUCUCCAAGUCCGUGUGGAGCUUGCAGUACCACGUCUUCGCAGCCAAGGUUGGCGGCGACGUGGCCGAGGCAGGCAACGGGCCUGGCUCGUACAACAUCAAGGAGAACGUCUGGCACGUCAACUGCUGCAACGGCGAGACGGACAACGGGUGGGACGUGUUCAACGCGAUCCUGGGCUGGCAGAACAGCGCCACCUACGGCUCCGUCAUCUCGUACAACGCGUACUGGAUCCUCAUCAUGCUCGUCGUCUCGUGGAUGCUGUACGAGGAGCGCACCAACAAGGGUCCGCUGAUCCUGAUUGCCCUGUCCAAGGUGCCGGUGGUGAAGUGGUGGGCGAAGAGAAAGCUGGAGGCUGCGAUGGCCAAGCCGGAGGACAUUGUGAUGCAGAACAUCCACGCUGGCAUGAUGCAGGAGGCGGCGGUCGAGCCGGUCGAGGUGAAGAAGUAG